AUGUCGAUGUGGCGAGGGUCUACGGCGGAUGCCAUCCUCCAAGGAGACCACAGGAUCGAUCUCCGCGAUAGAAGCCUAUCUACGCAGGAUGUUACUGCCCUUGCAAAGCUGCUUUCCACAAGCAGUCAGGUUUCCGCCCUGAUCCUGUACAACGUGCGCUUGAAUUCAGACGAUGCUGUAUCGUUAGCGAGGGCGCUGGAGUUCAACGACACGCUUGCCACGCUGAACUUCACGCACAACCCCAUCGGCGAGGUGGGCACGGCGGCGUUGGCACAGGUGAUCAAGUUCAACACCACAAUCCGCGAGGUGAGCCUGGCCAACACUGUCCUCAACUCCCAGGCGUGCGCCCUCCUGUCCGACGCGCUCAUCAUGAACCGCACGCUGGAGAGCCUGAACCUCGAGAAGAACCGCAUUGCCGCCCAGGGCGCGCGCUUCCUGGCCGACGCCCUCGGUGCCAACGAGACUUUGCGGACCCUGUGGCUAGACGGGAACCAGAUUGAGGACGCCGGGGCCAAGGCAAUCGCGGCAGCCCUGGCGGAGGAGGGGGGGUCUAGGCUCGAGAGGCUGUCGCUGGCAAACACCGGGGUGACGGAGAGCGGCGCAGAGGCGCUGGGGGACGCGCUGGUGGGGAACUUGUGGCUGAGGAGGCUGACCAUGGCCAAGAUAGAUCUUGCGCCGCAGGUGCUGCUGGGGAGGGUGCAGGAGGGGGAGGAGUCUGCGGCUGCGUCGAAGGGCCUGCAGACGAUCGACCUUAGCGGCCAAGCCCUGUCGGCGACACUGGACUACCCGAUCGUGUGCCGCCUCGCUGCUAGAAACCCUCGUCUUGCGCGGCUUCGCCUGUCUCGAGCGGGACUGUGCGGCGUAACCUCCGGCGGGCGGGGUCGCAGGAGCCUGGCAGGGCUGCGCUCGCUAGCGUUAACUCUCAAGGCGGGCCCGCCCCGCCUGGUGGUGCUGGACAUUGGACACAACUUCAUCGACGACAGCGCCAUAGAGGUGAUCGCGACCGGCCUCGAGGAGAACCGGGUCUUGACCAACCUCAUCCUGCAGGGAAACGGCAUCGGAGAUAAGGGCAUGACUAUCCUGGCUGCCGCCCUCCCAUCCUCCAUCGUCGAGCUAGACCUAUCCAACAACCCGGCCGUUGGCGAGAAGGGCGGCAAGGCCAUCGCGCUCUUCCUCCUGGACUUCGUCCGUUCCGCCAACCUCCGCCGUCUUGACGUGACCAUGUGCAACCUCGGCGAUGAGGGCCUCGUGAGCCUAGCGGAAGGGGUGGGGGCCGCUAAGGGUCUGGAGUGGUUGGGGAUGGCCAGGAACUUGAACGAUCCUGGGAGCGUGGUUGGGGCGGGGGCGGGGAGCGGCGUGGGGAAGACGGCGCUAGGUUUGGCUCUGCUGUCGGGGCAGGAGUCGCGACUCCAGGCGUUAUCGGUGGACCUGUGGACCGUCUCGAAGGGCCAGAAGGAUCUCACGCUCUUCAGGCCCAAGGGCACGGUGCGGUGCCAGCUACCUUCCACGGCGGACGUCUGCCUGCUGGCGGGAGUCAUCUGCUUGCACGACUGGUUGCGUCGCGUGUGUUUGGACGGCAACCCCAUCGACGAGGAAGGGCUAGGCUACCUAUCCCGCGCGCUGCUGAGAAACGGGAGCGUGCAGACCGUAUCAUUGAACAGGUGCGGACUAGGGGAGCGGUCCGGGGCACUGCUGCUUCACGUGGUGGGCGAGAAGCCGGGGUUGGAGGUGGACGCCUGCGACGGAAACGCGUUCGGGGAAGAGAUCGAAACCAAGCUCGCGGCGGCACAGAAGGGGGCCCGCGGAAUACUGUCUGGGAGUGUGGAGUGCCGACGCACCACAGUGCACCUGCUGGGAGAGGCCGGUGCGGGCAAGAGCACGCUCAAGGAGACCUUGGGGAGGGGGUACUUCUCCAGUUUUUUCAAUACCAGCCUAGAGAACGCCCCGGACAGAGGAGCGGAGGACCCCUUCCAGAGGACUCUGGGGGUCACGAGCGACACCCUGGCCCUCGGCGCCGGCUCGGCCCCUAUCCUGGUGCGGGAUCACGGAGGCCUGCGGCGGUUCAGGGGGGUGGGUGCGGUAGACGGCGGGCUGGCGUGCCCCUCGUCGGUGUACGUGGUGGUGGUGAGCCUGACGGUGGACAAGGCGGAGUCCAAGCGGCAGAUCAAGCACUGGCUGAGGCUAGUCCAGACCGUCGGGCCUUCAAGCGGGUCGGUCAUCGUGCUCGUGGGGUCCAGAGCGGACGAGCUUGGAUCGGUGGGGCAGGACUACCUCCAGAAACUCUGGGACCGAACCCGUGAGGACCUGACCCUUGAGGAACUGAGAUCCGGGCUGGACGCUUCUCUCCCUACCUUUGCGGGAUGCCUUGCGAUGGACUGCAGGAAAGCGGGCAACGCCAAUGUCGCCCGCCUUAGAGAGGCUAUUGCCCACGCGGACAAGCUGUUCGGGCAGGAGGGCGAGGGCUGGGCUGCGCUGCCUCUAUACCCAAGCCUCGCCCGGAGAGUCGAAAGAUGGUCAGGAGAAGGGUCCACUUUGGUACGAUGGCCCAAGUUCGCCACCGCCGUACAGCGACAGCUGUGCUCGCGGGCAUCGGAAGCGGUGUGCGCCAACCUCGCCCGCUCGUUAGCACGGGAGGGUCGGAUAUUGCUCAGGGGCAUAGCCGGGGGCGGGGAGGUGGAGCGCGGGAAGGGCUGGGUGGUGCUGCGGCCGAGCUUUUUCCUGCAUCACAUCGUGGGAGGCGUUUUCGGCAGCGCCGAGGCCAGGGAUGGGGGGGGGGUGGUUUCUGCGGCUGGCCGUGUGCGCAUCGGUUCUCGGGCCUUGGGGGGGGCUUCGUCAUCGCUGGCGGCAGAGGUGCUUGCUGCCGCGGAAGCCAAUGGUGCAGCGGCAGAUGCGUCCUCCCGCAAGCCCAGCGCGGAGACGGAGCCUGGGGCGGUUGCGCGGAGGAAGUCAUCGGAGAGAUGGCGAGCGCUCGGCUUGAGGAAGGAGUCUUGGGCGAAGCUGGAGCGGAGGCGGUUGUUGUUUCCGGCCCUUCUGCCGCCAUCGGAGGCGAUUUCGAGGAGGGAGUGGGCGCGUAGGUGGAACACGGAGGCGUGCGUGUGCGGGAGGAGGGUCGCGUGCCGAUCUCCGAUGCUGCUGCCCGGGCUUUUUCACAUGCUGCAAUCGCUUCUCGCUACCAGGUACCCCGGGAGAGUGUCAUUGCGCGAUCGCUACGCAGAGGUGUCACUGGACGGGUGGGACACUACCACCGGAGGGAUCAUGUUACCGGCAGGGGAUGACGGAGGAAGGGGGGGGUGUGACGAGGGGGGCACCGCAGAUGCGGCGAGUUCGAGCACGACGACGAUCACCGCGGCGGUGGAGCUGGUGGAGAGCGCUUUGCCGGGGGGGGAUAUGCUCGACCUGACCGUUACGUCUGGUGAUCGAGAGUCAUGCUUACUGGCCGUUCUGGGGCUUCGGGUGAUCGUCGAGCAGGUGCUCUGCGAGGCGCCCAGCGUUGCUGUUGAAGACAGGGCGAUCGCGGCGGCAUCGAUCAGGGAUGGGAGGCCGCCCAACGAGAGGCUUACCCUGGCCAUGUCGGAAGUCCGUCAAAGCCGCACAGAUGGACUGAAAGAGUGUUUCUUCGGAGACAACACUCUCCCGGAGCCACUGUCAGACCUUCUCUGGGAGGGUCCGGAAGAGUGUGCUCUUGACGAGGCUGGCCGCAUGAUGGUGUCAACGCCGUCGUGGAAGUCCCCGCUCGCUGGCAGCGGCAACGCCCCCGCCGCCGCUCCCUCCGCAUCGACAUCAUCAGCGUCCCCGCCCUCAGGAAUGACUCGGAAGCUUUCCGUUACGGCGGCGGCGGCUGCUGUGGUGGCGAACCCUUUCGCGGGAGGGCCUUCUCGCAAGAAGAAGGCUAGUGCCGCUGGUGGUGGCGGCGGCGGCGGCGGCGGCGGCGGUGGUGGUGGUGGUGGAGGCGUAGCCGCUACCGCGGCCACGGCUCGAAGGAACCCGUUCGAUCCAGUCGUGGCGGCGGCGCCGCCCGCUAUCACCAAGCCCGAGAAGACGUCCAGUCAGCAAGACGCGGCGCCGACGUCUGGCAAGAAGGCCGAGGAGGAGGGCGAGGGCCGGCCUCUGAUGCCCACGGCCAACGGGCAGCCGGCGGUGGUUUGUGACCGUCCUGCCGGCGGAGAGGAGCGGGGCUACGGCGAGACGUUGUUGGCGACGGUUACGCUGCCUUCGCACGGCGGGGAUGGUGACCGUUCAUCCCCUCCCGAUCUCGCUGGACCCGACAGCAGUGCCGAUGUGCCAACGAAAGGGGCCUCCGCAAAUGAUAGAAUAGGGGCGGGCUCCGCGACGGACAGAAUAAACAGGACCGGGACGGCCUUUUCCAGCUCUGGUGCCCGGAGGAGCCCUGGAGCGGCGUUUUCCUUCGAAGCGGACGUGUUCCGAGACGCCGGUGUUAUGUUCGGGGCGCAUGUCGGCGGGAAGUCGUACCGGCUCGGCAGGCAGAGGGUCGAGGUGGUGCUGCGAGAGCCCGGGGGCCUGAGGCUGGGCAUCUGGCGCCCCCCCGUGGACGAGAGGGAGGAGCGGGAGCGGGAGAAGGACAAGGGCAAGGCGGCCUCCGAGCUGGUGUCGGAGCACCUGUCGCUUUCAGAGGACGGGACGUUGAAUUGGGGAGAUGCCAAGACAAGCAACCACGAGUUUAACGUGUUCCUGUCCGGCGCGAACGAGAACGACGGCGGCGAUGACGUUGGCGGUACCGAGGACACCGGCAGUAGUGGUAAGGGGGCCGACGGCAUCGCCAAAGGGGGGCUCGCAGAUGGCGGCCCAAGAAGAAGAGGUAGCAGCACUGCUGGACUUGCCAGCCCUACCUCGGAACCCGACGCCAGACGAAGCCCUACCAGAAAGAGCCCCACUCCUUCCCCUCGCGGAAGAGACGUGAGCAGGCUGUUGACGGAGCGUCCGGCGGUGGUGGAGGAAGUCCUGCACGGAGACGUUGUCUCCGGCUUCAACUGCUCGGGAUCGAACCAGGGCUUCGGGGUGGUGGGGUGCGUGGUGGCGUCGAUCUCGAGGGAGCCUUUCCCGGACACGGAAGUGUCUCCAAAGAUGUUGAGCUUCGAAGAGGCACGGACCGCCCUGGCGUCUUCUGAGUACCCUCUGUUCGUGCAGCUCUGCCGCCCGCCCCUGGUGUUCAGCACGGAGCCGGAGUACCCCGCGGUGAAGCUUCUGUCUAACCUCGUCUUGACCAACCGUGCCAUGGAAAAGGUCGAUGGAGAGUUCAGGUGUGGGACCUUGAUCUCCGAAGACGGGAGCUCUCGCUGGCUGCUCUCAACAACAGCCGUCCCUGCCUCCAUACCAGACCUGGGCACCAAGAUGGAAGUGAACCUGUUGGACUAUCACGUGGUCGGCUUGUACCUUCUCACGUCAGAGGAGGCAAUGUCCCUGCUGAGAUACCACCCUAGCCAAGAUGUUCUCCUGUUCGUGCACGGCUUCAACACGACGUUCAACUACGGGAUCCGAGCCAGUGCGGUGAAGGGGCGCGCUCUGAGGAAGCCGCUGAUGGUGUGCCUGGCGUGGCCGUCGAACCCCCCCGGGGAGGGUGCGGGGUGGCUCAUUAAGCGGGCAGCCUUGGAGGUGAAAGCGGCCGCAGAUACCUCGGGCAAGUUGAUGUGCUGGAAGGGCCAUUCGAUGGGGUGCUACUUGCUUCUUAACGUGGUGGACAGGCUGCGGUGGAAGGGCGAGGACAUGCAGGCUCUAUUCAGGGAGGUCAUCCUUGAUGCCCCCGACGUGCCCACCUGGUUCUUCAGAUCAAUGGUCAAGGUGCUUGCGGAGAACGGGGUGAACGUGGUGCACUACUUCAACCCGUUGGACAACGCCAUCCAGGCCUCUUGCCACAGAAGGGCGUUGCAGAGACCAGUGCCUGGACAGGAUGCUAUCGUGACCCACCCGAUCGUACAGGGUGUGCUUUGUGACAAGAGCUACAGCUCAACGGGUAUGAAUCACGACUACGGUCGAGCGGAUGGGCGCUGUUUGUUAGACCAGAGGGACUUCUUGGCAGGGGAGCCGCCGGAUCAGCGGGUGCUCGAAGAGACCGUGACCGGCGAAGGUGCCGCAUGUUGGCAGCUCAAGACAUGGUAACACAACCCGUGUGUGUGUUGCUUGCAUGCCGAUGGUGAGGCGAAAGUGCGUAUGUAUUCGUGCUGUCGUGGUGUUGUACGGGACAGACGUGGGGCUGACGGUAAACGUCACAUGGUUGAUGAGUGCGGGGCGGACAAACCGACAAACCAAGUACAUUCGUGUGGUGGGAACAUGAUUUGUAUGACUGCCUUUCACUUGGGUCAAGCGCGUCUUGAGGCACGUUCUCCUAGAGGUACGUACGUCUGCAUGCGUUGAUGCCGCGUGCGGACGGCCCGAGAAAAUACGCUGCUCGUAGCAACGUAACGUUGGUUGUUGCUUUACUUGCACCGCUCCCUUGCAUGCGACCAUCGUGACCUAGGCGCUUGGGCACGGCAAACGGUUGUUGGCAGCUCAAGACCAUGCGUGUUUCUGUUUUCAUCCGCGGGUGACCGAAGUAGCAUUCUACGAGGACAGCAGUUUGGUGGGACGCCCGACGGUUGAUGCGUGAAGCUGACGUAUGCAAUGCGCGGGGUCAGAAGAGAAAAUUGGAUUGUGUGACACGAAUGUGACCCCGUGUACAAUAUUCAUAUCUGCGAUACGACGAGAGUUUACUCGCGUGGUGAGUGGUGAGUUCACACUAGUGGCCACGGUGCUUGCUCUUGUGAAAGGAUCGCGUUUUGGUGAGGGGAUGAUUGGGCGGGGAUAUGUGCCCUCCGUAUUCCGUGUGUGUGUCGCGCUCUGUAGUUGAUUGCAUCCCUGCUGCAUGUAUAUAUUCUCUACAGUGCAACUGCUUGUAGUACACAACUUUGUAGCCGUGCUUCGAGACCUUGUGGGGUCCGGGGCAUAUGAAAACAGAUCAAGCCCUGUAGAUCCUGCUGAGUGUUUGCUCCUUGAUCACUUGGGAUGUGAAGCGUGCGUUUUUCUGGUGUUUGUUUAAGGACCUUCAGUACAGGUUCCCGUAGAGAGAACCGUACGUACCUAGGGUGUGAUGCUGAUUCGUGUAUAUAUGUUUGUGCGCACCUCCAACCGUCGCAAGGUGUUAGUUGAGCGAGUCGAAUUUAGUAUUCUGGAGUGAGUGUCAUGCAUUGCAUCUCUUGUAUUCAUACAGUAGACGUAUGCGAACAACUCCCGUAUCGUGUGCAGACAAUGCGAGCAAGCACACUUCGUCUGGUCGUCCUACUCCCCUCAAGCCCUUCUCGUAGGGUAAAGGUCGAUGUUUACGUUUUCCAAAUCUACUCUCUGCUUGAAAGAACAUGGUUGGUGGGCAUGUUCUACUUCACCAGCGGGGCAUUGUCUACUUCACCAGACUACUAGACAUUUUGGUUGGCCACACAUGCCAACUCUUGUAGGCUGACUCUUAUGGCAACCGAAAGUUGGCCCGACGUAUUUUUUUGGACUGGCAUACCCCCACCCCCCUGAUUUGCCACGGAUUCGACUAAGAGACAGACCUCUCACCACAUCAUCACAGAGUUCUCCCUCCAUGAUGGCCGGAUCGUCACCAGAACUUGAAGGCUGUACGCACCACACCUGUAGGCGUCUUUGAAGCUAGUGGUGACUGCUGUGGGUCUGUGUGUGCU